CCCCGCGGAAGUGACGUCGGCCGCCGCUCGCUGCGCAGUUGCUCGGUGCGGGCGGGCGCGGAGCAGUCGGAGCCGCCCGGUGACCGCCGACCCCCCCCCCCCGCCCCCCCUUCCCCCCCCGGCAUCAUCGCCCCGCUCCGCGCAGGCAGCGCCCGCCGCCGACCGACCGACCGACCGACCGACCUCGACCGACCGACGGCCGGGCGCAGCGAGACAGCCAGCGCCGGCCGGGCCGCCACCACGAAGCGCCGUAGCCCGUUACUGAAAUCAUGAAUCCUGUGUAUAGCCCUGGAUCUUCUGGGGUUCCCUAUGCAAAUGCCAAAGGAAUUGGUUAUCCAGCUGGCUUCCCAAUGGGCUAUGCAGCGGCUGCUCCUGCCUACUCCCCUAAUAUGUAUCCUGGAGCAAAUCCUACCUUCCAGACAGGUUAUACACCAGGCACCCCAUAUAAAGUAUCUUGUUCACCCACUAGUGGAGCAGUGCCACCAUAUUCUUCGUCACCGAAUCCCUAUCAGACUGCUGUGUACCCAGUUCGAAGUGCCUAUCCACAGCAGAAUCCGUAUGCACAGCAAGGCACUUACUACACACAGCCUUUAUAUGCAGCACCACCCCACGUAAUUCACCACACCACAGUUGUGCAGCCUAACGGCAUGCCGGCGACUAUGUACCCUGCUCCGAUUCCACCACCCCGAGGAAACGGCGUGACCAUGGGGAUGGUGGCUGGGACUACUAUGGCAAUGUCAGCAGGUACUUUGUUGACAACUCAUUCCCCAACUCCGGUAGCCCCUCAUCCAGUUACUAUGCCCACAUAUCGGGCUCCAGGAACACCAACCUAUAGUUAUGUGCCCCCACAGUGGUGAUCAUCCUGGCAGUCAGUGUUUGAAGAUGGGAGAUAUGCAAUCAAGAAAUUGAGGUUUAAAAGUUGGUGCUGAAGCCCUCAUGCCUCCAACCAGGACUUUUCUUCUGAAUGCUUUCAACACUUGGCUAAACACUACUAAUUCCUGAUCACUGAAGAUUUUCCAGUGCUGCAUAUCUUACAUCUUGGAACUCCAGCAGUUAGUCUUAAAGCAAAUCCUGUUUUGUGGACUGUCUUGCAAUUUUUUAGCUAAUUAUAAUGAUAAAAAGGGAGUAUAAAUUUAUUCUGAUCCAUAUCUAGUUGAAUGCAUGUUAAAACACAAAAACAAAGCUUGCUCAAUCUACCUGCAGUGACUGAUGCAAAAACCAUCAUAUGCAAAUCCAAAGGAACCGAAAAGUAUUUUACAACUUGUAUCACUAAUGCACUGUUGUAAUGUAUGCAGGGUCUUAAAAGGUAGAAUCAUGAAAGUGAGUUUCUUUAUAGAAUACCAUAAUAUACAUUAGAUAAGUGCUUCAGCCUUUUUCAGGUUGAUGGAGUUGCCAGUUUAAAAGGGGCAUAUUUUUAUUUAAGUGAUGUAUUCUUUUCGAAUUCAACUACUAAAUUGGAGUGACUGGAAAAUGAGUCAGACAAGCUGUAGAAAUCCCGCACACAAUUACUUUACUUCAUACCUUUUCAUUUUCAUUAUACAGAUUCAGUGUUAUACAGAUGUUCUUAAAGAUCAGAAUGAAAUGACAAAGGUAAUGCUGUGUGUGCCAGUAAAUAAAGCAUACUUCCUUGAGGCAAAACUGGCUCUUAGGAAUAGUAGGAGGUGACAUCACCUGCAUAAUUAAUUGCAUGUCCUGGGGAGAUACAUAUUCAGUACUAUCUUUCAUAUGAUGCAAGAUGUGUCAAAGUGAGACUGCCACACAGACUGAUAGCAAAACACUUUCUUUUAGUUCUCAGUUCAGGAAAUCCAUGUUGUUUUUCCUAAAGAAUGUUGUAGUCAGUUGAAAACGUAUGUGCAGUUGAUCCAGCUUGCUUUCCUGAAACUUAAGAAAUGCUAGAGCUUUCUACAACAAACAGUUCAGCUGCAUGUUGUUCUGAGGAAAGCUUGUGUGCCUGAUGAGUAUGUUAAAGGGGAACAAAUCAUUUUAACACAAUUUCCUUAUUAGCUACUUGCAGUAUGGACUGUGGAUAUGCUGUAGUAGGGCUGCCAGAAUAUAGGUCUCACAUGGCUGUUCAGUCUUUUUUUUUUUUCUGGUCAUGAAAUUAUCUGUAAUUGAAGUGGGAACCAUUUGUUGGUUACAACAUUUUGAUGUGUUUUCUUGGUAUUUUUUUUUAACUCGGAAGCACGUAAAAUAAGACUUGACUGCAGAUUAGCAUUUCAUUACAAUGAGUAAUUUCUGAUAUUCUUUCUUGCAACUUCAAUUUUUAAAAAGUACCUCAAAGCAAAUGCUGUGGGGAUAAAGGGCUAGCCUUGCAACCCAUUUGUAUACCAAAAUUGUUAUGGGGGGAGAUUUUAAAUUUUUAAAUUUGAAUAUUGCACAUAAAAUCAAGGUUUUUCUUAAACCUGAUUGACUUACGAUUCCAGAAGGAGGCAGUUUUCUUUUUUUGGAUACAUUCUGCCUGCAAUAAAUUAUGCAGUAAAUGGUUAUAAAAUGUUGUUCCCUUUUAAGCGUUUAUACAGAGGUAUAUCAGGCUGUAUUGUUCCUGUAGGUUAACUUCCAUUCAGAAGUAAUUUUUUAAGUUGUGUAUCUAGUUGUGCUUUGUUUUGGGGUGUUCUGCUCCUAUACAGAUUUGGCAGCUACCUCAGGGUAGCAUCAGUGCUGAUUUAAUGCUGCCAUUCCAGUACUUUGCCCUGGUGGGAGGCUUACAUACCUUCAUGACCCAUUGGUGGUUAGAGCCUUCAGUAACUUUAUUUUUUACAGUAAGCACUCUCCAUAUUUUGUACUUCCUCUUUUUUUUUUGUUGUUUGUUUAAUAAAGUUAGGUUUAUUUUGCAUGAAUCACUGUCAGUGGACAGCCCCCUUAUUUCUAAUGCCAUGAACAUAACUAUGUUGUUGGAAUAAGUACUUUAAAUCUUACUCAUGAGCACUUACUGCAGCUUAGGGAUUUCCAUAUGUUUUUAUAUGGAGCAGAAAAUUACCCCAGAUGAACUUAUUUGAAUCUGUACUGCUUCGUUCAAGUCUGUUCAACAAUUCCAUUUGUGUAGUAGAUUUGCAGCUUUGAUUAGUCAGGUGUGCCAGAGAGUACAGUGAGCAUUAAUACAGGCCAUUUGUCCAUUUUAGCUGGUAGAGAGUGACAUUUUGUUGUCUUAGCAUGAUUUUGACGAAGAGCUGAGGUAUGAAACAGUGCUAUAUUGGGGAGAAGCUGUGAAGAACAAGCUCGGAGCUUUGCUGUCUCCUGUCUCAUCACCCAGUAAACUAAAGCUUUGAAAAUCAUAGGAGAGAGCUUUCAUGAAUGCUGCAAUAGAUGGAUACUUAAGGAAUGAAUAUAACUUCCUAUAUACUUGCUCUAACUUCAGAUUCCUAAAUGUCAUCUUGGAAUUGGUCUCUGUAUAAUAUUCCAUAACAUUUAGGCAGUCUCACUUAACUUGAGCACUUUUUUUUCUAAGUUGCAUUAUGGGAUUCAUCCACGAGGGGGAAACUUGUACCUUUUUUAAAAGGUGCUGCACCUUCCAGUUUUGAUAGAUUAUAAUCUACUGGGAAGGUGGAGCAUGUCUCCAGUAGUUGAUAAGGAAAGUAACCAAAAGCACAGUGCAGGGGGACGGGGGGAAUAUGUGUAUAUAUAACUAUCUUAAUGGUAUUUUGUUGCAAAUAGUAGAAAGCAUGGAUAUAAAACUGCAGUGGGGGAAACUGUACAUCAUUAAAUAGGCGUUUACACAGUGAGGGUCUUACGAAACAUUCUCUCCUGCUUUUUAUAUAACAUUCCCUAUUUAGAAUUCCUUUAUAAAUAAAUACACAGUAUGUGUUUGCACUAGAGCUCCUCAGCAAUUGAAAAGAGCUAGUGCAGUAGAGACAUUUCAGAUCAAGCUUCUCUUUAAAAAAAAAAAAAAAUAAAAAAACAACAAAAAAAACCAAAACAAAACAAAAAAAACAACCAAACAAACAAAAAUCUUUGAUGGCAGCUUUAUAUGAUUAAAAAAAAAGUACUACUUUAAACCUAGAACUGAAAAUAACUGUUGCAGCAAUAACAAAGAGAAGUCCAAGAAAGAUUUUUUUUUUUUUUUUUGUCUUUUUAAAUUUUUUUUUAAUUCAAAUUUCAGGUGUUGAGUUUAGAUAAAGUAUUUUUUAAAAACUGAGGUAUUCCCUAUGCCAGUAACAACUGAUGAAAAUGUCUUUUAAAUGUAGCAGCAGCAAAAGAAAAAAUGGCUCGUAAUUGGCACCAAAAACAUGUAGCCCUAGUCAGUGGUGUGGUGGUUAUUAAUGAAACACUAGGAAGGAAAACAGAGAACCUACUACUAGAUCUUGCUUAUGCUUGUUGUAACCAUCUCCUGUUUGAAGUUUCUAGGGGAUGUGCAGGAAUGCUGUUCAAGAAAGCUUUUUGCAUGUACUGUGCAAGCUAAAGGCUUAGAUGCAGUGGUAGAUGAAGAAAAUUCUUUAUUUUAGUUGAAGUCCUUCCUUGUAUCACUUCAUCCACUGGAGGAAGAAAAAGAAAAAAAAAAAAAAAAAAAAAAACAAACAAAACCCCAAACCACCAUCACCACCUGUAAGUACCAACAUGUCUUAGUGUUGUCUGAGAAUAGUUCAUGGUACAGAGUUUAUACCAGGGUACUCGACGGUGACUACUCCUCUUCACUGCUACUUGGUAGUAUGGCCACUUAAGGUAUCGGAGCAAGAGAUGGUCAGAAUUGACUUGGAAUCAUCCCCCAGGGCUUGAGCACGGUAUUAUACACCAUUCAUUUGGGUUUAAAACAUACUUCUGCUUGAAUAGAUAAACACAGCGAUCCGAUACCACCACUGGACCGUAGGCUUAAACUCGUACCAGGGAGCGGUGAAUACCGUGUAUGUGAAACCUCUCAUCUCGGGCCACGAACAAACGCGGUGCUUCAGCUGGAACUGGUGGGCAGAGGGCCAGGUGCUGGGGUGGCUGCAGGGCGGCGUGUGCAGCAGUGGGGGCGAGGGAGGGGCCGGGGCCAGGCUGCCGUGGGCGUCACGGGCCGGGCCUGGCGUGUGCGGGGGGCAGAGCAAUCCGUUCACUCUCACAUCCCAGGGUUUGUGAACACCUGUUCAAAAGACGCGAAGAUUCAAGCUCGCUUGGGUUGUUCUCAUUAAUAAGUUUCAGCUUUCUAACCGUGUAUUUUAUCAACUCUAAGCUUCCUGCAGAGACCCUCAGAUCGGAUGAGGUAGAAUGCCAAUUAACAGGAGCAACUGCAGCAAAGUUAAGAUAGUUUUGUGCAUCAAGCCUCGCCAGGAAUCAAGUCCAUUCUGAGAUCUCCUUUGAAGUAGCGAGGACUCUUUCAGCAGGCUGUGUAUGCCUCUUGUUCGGGAGGGUGUUGAGAGAAAAUCAGGUGUGUUUUGUAGACAGAAGAGACAGAAGAACAGUGCUUAUCUGGGGACGAGGAAACCUUUUCUUGUGUGGGUUGAAUAUAACACUGAAACAUCUGAAUUCCGCAGGUAAUAAGGGUCCAUUUGUGAUUUUAGAAAACAUUCUAAACAAUUUAUGGGCUCUGAAGUUUCAACAACAAGAAAGUGAACGUGACUUUUCUAAACUGUUGUGACUUUUGGGCACUUAGCAGGCAAACUGGGAAAGCUUUUUUAGCUGGCUGCUGUACAGACUUGUUUUAAGUAGAAUGGAUUUGUUAGUGUGUUUUUUUGUUUUUGUUUUUUUUUUCUAUUGUAAUGCUAUUAUUGGCUGCCCUCCUGUCUAAGAUUUGAAAAAGUGAGUGCAUGCAAUGGAAGUACAAGAGGCCCCAGUAAUAGUUUUCCAUGUUCGUUAUGAAUAGACACAGGUUUCCUUUUUAUGACUUUUUUUAAAACUGUCUUACAAACAGUUGUAUUGGUACUUUUUUUAAGUUUAGGUCAAUGUUGUCUUCCAGGAUAAGUUUUAAGGCAUCACUCACUCCUGCAUUGAACUAUCGCAUCAACACAAAGAGUGGAGAUUCCAUUCUGAGCCAGUUCAAUUGUGAAAAUUCAUACUUUUUUAUUUUUUAUGCAAUUCAAUGAGUAGAUGAGCUCAGAUUUAAAUUCUUAAAAGCACGUUUAUUGUAACAAGAAUUGUUAUGUAUUAAUACUUCAGUUUUCAAUAAAGAUUGACUUGUGUUGCUUA